GGGAAUGGACCACGCUUCUUUUUCUUCAUCGAAACUGCUAUGGAAUGGAGGCUUAUCCGGGGUUUAUCCAUUUUUUCUUCUUAAAUUCUCGAACGGAUUGAAGUCCUGCUGUAGUAGACCGUGGGUGCGCUCGGUGUUUUAGUUGAUGUGCCGCGAGUGUUCUGAUGAGCUCACAUUGCUGAUGCACACAUCGUGUCUACCAAUCAACAAAAGGCGUUAGGACAGCAGGCAAGCCUCCCAACUAGUCGAGAGAGUCAAUGAAUAUUAAUACAGAGGCAGCUCACUUUCAUCCACACAAACUUAGCACAUUAUCAAAGGAAAGACUGCUGUCAACAGAGCAAGGUCCAUGAAAAUUUCAACUACAUUAUUUGGAUGUACACUCAUCGGAUUCGUAAUUGUUCAUUUUUAAAUCGGCGUUUCGCACGGCAGUGGUGGUGAGGAAGGCACAAAAAAGCCGCGAGGGACGUGUAGCAGAUGAAGACGUGCCUCGCACACUACUUCCAAGACUUUGGCAAUUGCUAGAUUUUUUUUCUUUAAAAUGUCAAGACUUCCUCCAUCACGGUCUGUCCAAUGCAAGCAGAGCCGCUCAUUUGGAAGGAUGCUGGAUCGCAGCCUUUCUAAUCCAAAGGUCCGGUCCUAUAAAUUGUGACAAAGGCUGUCACCGUUGAAAUAAGUAAUCGAUAUUCCAGAAUGCGUGGCGAUAUUCUUUUAGAAUCUUAACGAUCAUUGCCCCCACUCUUCCUCACUGUGCGUCUAGGGCUUUCUUUUAAGGUGAGUGGUCCAGUAUACUUGCAGUUUCAGCAGGAACAUUGCUGAUAGUGACAGAUUAUUAUUGUUGAGGGUCCAUGAGAGACUUUGGGUGAAAACAUGUCUAGCCACUUCUCUGUGAGGAUCACUGCUAUCAGAGAUGGCAUUUUGGUCCAGCACUUCAGUUUUUACCUCUAAAGUGCCACGGAAGAUCCUAUUCAUGUUUACUCUCUCCAUCUCUGUCACCUACCUGUUCUAUAGCUUGAUGAGCUGCUACAACUCGUUACAGUUCCCCUUGCAAGAGAACUACGUGUAUCAAGCGAGACUUGUGACAGAGGAGACAACUUUCGUUGCUUUCAGAGAGAAACUUUAUUCCGCCACAUCCCAGGGUUAUUUUGGCGAGGACCUGGUCGAAAGGACCGUCACCGAGCAGACGGUCGCGGGAUAUGCCGUCUCUACCCUCGGCCAGCCAGAUAAUGUGGCUAGCGAACAGAGGGCAACGGAAUGGGUCAGAACACAGCUUGCUCCGACUGAAAUGAUCGCAGGUGCUCAGAAUGCAGUUUUUGAGAGAGAGCACCAGGAAUCCAGCACCACGGACGACGAGCUCAGCAGAAGGGGGAAUAGCACCCCGGAUUAUGGGGAGAAAAAAUUGCCCCAGGCCAUCAUAAUUGGGGUGAAGAAAGGGGGCACCAGGGCUCUUUUGGAGGCUUUAAGGGUUCACCCCGACGUCAGAGCAGUUGGGGUUGAGCCCCAUUUUUUUGACAGGAACUACGAGAAAGGACUCGAUUGGUACAGGGACCUGAUGCCGUCGACACUGGAAGGCCAGAUCACCAUGGAGAAGACGCCCAGUUACUUUGUGACCCAUGAUGCCCCCAAACGCAUCCACUCCAUGGCUAGAGACACCAAACUAAUCAUUGUGGUCCGCAACCCUGUGACCAGAGCUAUUUCUGACUAUACUCAGACUCUCUCCAAAAGACCUGAGAUACCCACAUUUGAGGUGCUGGCCUUCAAGAACAGGACCCUGGGUUUGAUAGAUGCCUCGUGGAGUGCACUGCGGAUCGGGAUAUAUGCGCUGCACCUGGAGAGCUGGAUGCAGUAUUUCCCUCUUUCACAGAUACACUUUGUCAGUGGAGAAAGGCUUAUUGUUGAUCCAGCAGGAGAGAUGGCCAAAGUGCAGGACUUCCUUGGACUCAAGAGGAUCGUCACAGAUAAACACUUCUAUUUCAAUAAAACAAAAGGGUUUCCCUGCCUGAAGAAGCCAGAGGACAGCAGUGCCCCACGGUGCCUUGGGAAGUCCAAAGGCAGAACUCAUCCCAAAAUAGACCCCGAUGUGAUACACAGAUUACACAAAUUUUACAAGCCCUUUAACAUGAUGUUUUACCAAAUGACAGGGCAGAACUUCCAGUGGGAGCAGGAAGAGAAGCAGUGACUCUCACAGUCCUCUCAGGCCUGCCAGACUGCAGCAGUGCACAGUGACAUGCUCCGCUUCCUUGUAGCAGAGAGUCCCAUCCUGCAUCAUUACUGUAAGGCUGGACACACCAGUCAGUCACCCCUUUCUUUGCAAACUGUUUCCAUCCACAGCAGGAGUUUGCAGAUUCUUCUCGAUAUUAGUAGGGGUGGAGGUGGCAAUCACUGUUGUAUAUAUUAUAUAUAUAGAUAUAGUUUUAUUUGUAAAAAAAAAAAAAAAAAAAA